AUGGGGGGGAUUGCAUUGUGUGGAGACAAAUUUUCCAUGUCCAAAAAGUAAAAUUUAAUUUUUUCUCUAAGGUUUUUAAAGAGCCUGAAUUACUUUUUGUUUUGGAUUCUUCGACCAAAAAGAAUAACAAUUUUCACCAAUAGAUAAAGAGUAAGAUUUUUUUUUACACGUUUUCCCAAUCUCCCAUUUGUUCUCAAAUAAUUACCAUUAUUUAUGCCAAAACAAGAAUGA